AUUAUCUCAUCUUUCAACAAAUAAUAUUGUGGAGAAAAUAAAAUACAGAGAUACAUUAUACUCAUACCUACAUAUUUUGAUUAUUGUACGCAGAAAAUAUCGAUGAGUCGCUUGCAAUUUUUUUUUUUUAAUUUUUUUAGACAGACUCGACGAAACCGCAGUCGUUAAAAACGCACCGAUAAAAUCGCAGUAGGUAACUAUAGCCCGUCAAUAUAAGAACACCGUUUUAAAAUUUAAAAAAAAUUUAUACGUCGCGACCGCAAUUUAGUUAUCGUUUAUUUUGUGACAUAAAUAAAUUAAUUAGUAGAAAAAAAUAACAUGUAUUUCAUAAUGAUUGUUAAAAAUUCAAUAAUUUUAUUUUUAUGUACUAUAUCAAAUAAAAACAGAAAUGCGUGUAAUAUUCAUUUUGUUAAACAGUCGGAAGAGGAACAGGAGGAACAGAUGGAUCCACUUUCAGACAAGAAAAGAUACAGCCGAGGCAUUGAUAACGUUGAACACGGAGAAACCGAAAAAUUAAUAACAUGCCGCAUAUGUUACGAUGACGAAAAAAACGAAACUACCGUAUCACCGUGCAAUUGUGUCGGAUCGCAUGCACAUGUCCACGUGUCGUGCCUAGAACAGUGGUUGUCUGUAUCAAAGUCAAGUAUGUGUGAUAUAUGCAAUUACCCUUUCAAGACGGUAAAACGUUCUUUGACUAUAUUCGAGUGGUUGCAGGAGAAAAGAAACUGUCAAGGUUUCUUUGGCCAAUUUAUGGUCAUGUUUUUUUUCGUAUCAAUAUGGUGUUUCGUGCUCAUAGCGUGUGGCAUGAAAACUUAUGAAUAUUUUUCAAACACAAAAGAUAGGAAUUCAUUUUACAAUGGACUCCUAAUGUGCAUCAUAACAUUUGCAAUGGCUGCCAUGUUGUGGUUUUGGCUAAUCAUUUUUUCGUCAAUAUGGAAGCGUAGGAACAUGGUGAUACGUUUAGAUAAAAACUAUUUGAACGGAGCAAAUGAUAUCAACAAUGCGUUUUCUGUCUGAUAAGGCUAACUAAUUUAUAUUUUUUUAAUAUUAAGAUUAUUGUGUAGGUAAUUACUAAUUAAUUGUUUAUUUUUGUCUAAUGAUAGUUUAAAACUAUCGUUACCUAUAAUAAAAAAUGUUAAAUCCAAAACAUAUCGCUAAUCAUAAUGUAAAAUAAUGAUAAAUAAUCAUUAAUAAUUAUUUAGGGUAUAGAUACCUAACCUGACCUACCUAUUUGAAUUAUAUGGAAAAAUUUUGUAAAAUAAAACUUUGAACUAAAAUUUAAAAAUACUUAUAUAAAUAUUUAGCUAUACUUUAUUUUUAUGGUAAAAUAUAAUUUUUCUUAAUGUUAAUAAUACUUUUCUUGUAAUAUAUUUGAGUAGAUAUACCAGAUUCUGGAUGUUUGGUGCAUUAUUAUAUAUAUUGAAGAAUGUUUAGAGUUGUACAUCAUUCAAAAUGUUCAAAAUAUUAUAUAUGUAUACAAUCUAUUAUCUAAGCAUUAAUUCUAGUUGAGAUUUAAAUAAAAUUGUAUAAAAUAACAUAAUUAAAAUUUAACAUAAAUAAAAUGGACUAUUUAUAAGUUUAUGAUCAUACGAGUAUAUAAUAAUAAUUAAUACAUUUUAGUAUAUUAAUAUUAUGUUGAAAAGAAUGUCUAUAGUUAGGUUUCUACAGCCUACGUGUUAAAUAAUUUGGUGUUAUUUUUGUACACAUUUAGUGUAGGUAUUACUGACAAUGCUGACACAGUGACGUAAGUAAUUUAUAUCGAUGCGAGUCAUUUGGUCGACGGUUUAGUGAUCCAUAAAAUAUGAUCGAAAUAUUAUGUGAUCAAACAGUUUUAUAAUCGAAAAACGAAUGGUCGAUUAUUUUAUUAAUACAGUCGAAAUAUUUUGUGGUCAAUAGAUUUUUGCAAUUAAAAAUGUAGUUAGGUACAGAGUUUUUUGAAGAAAUUAUUGAAUACAAUUUUUUAUAAAAUUAUAUAAACCUAUUAAAUAAUUUUAUUAAAAAUUGUAUUCAAUAAUUUCUACCAAAAACUCGGUAACUACAUUUUUAGUUGCAAAAAAUUUAUUGGCCAACAAAAAAUGUAA